AUGUGGCAUUCACGGCGCGGAGGGAAAACCCGGAGGAGCGUCAGCGUCGGAUGAAGUGAGAAAGUCGUAAAAAAAACCACAGAAAUCUGUCGUUAACUCUGCGCAGCGGUGAAAGUACAAACUAAUACCGGUGGAAGUUCACACCCGCGGAAUAAAAUACUGGAUUCUUCUGGAACAGUGGGAAUACUUUGUCAGCCCCUCGGAGUCUGCCCUCAAACUGCCUCCGUGGUCCGUUAACAUUCAGCGGCUGAAAAGUUUCUGACACACCUGAUCAGCAGAGGCUCUGAGUCCUGACCACACCACCCCCCCUCUGCAGAUCCACAGUAGCUCCACAGACCUCCAGCCCCCCUCGGCCGACGCUGGAAAUAACAUCUCCCCCAGAAUCAAAACUGAGCAGAAGAAAAGUCUGAGCAGGAAAUUAAGCAACAGAGGAGUUUUUCCAUCUCUGCGGCUCAGAGGAAAUCUCUCAGAGGGUUUUUGUUUUCACAGUUAGAGUCUGGGGUUGUUUCCUGGCUGUCAGCUGAGCGUCAGACACAGGGAGGAAGUGGAGAGUCUCACCUGAGGCAGGUCCAUGUCUCUGGCGCUCAGCAUGAGGCUCUGAGGAGGCGGCGGGAGGAUUUUAAAUAAAGCUGGUUGAAAGACGAGGAGGCGGGGAGCGAUGGGGAAGGAGCAGGACCUGCUGCAGGCGGUGAAGAGCGGAGACCUGCUGUCCACUCAGAAACUGCUGUCCAAGCUCAAAACCAACAGGAACAAGUUGCUGGGCUCCACCAAGAGACUGAACGUGAACUACCAGGACUCAGAUGGGUUCUCGGCCCUGCACCACGCUGCUCUCACAGGGACCACAGAGCUGCUGUCUGCUCUGCUGGAGGCUCAGGCCACCGUGGACAUCAAGGACAGCAACGGGAUGCGUCCGCUGCAUUACGCCGCCUGGCAGGGGAAGGCCGAGUCAGUCCUGAUGCUGCUGCGCUCCGGAGCCUCGGUCAACGGGGUCUCUCUGGACGGACACAUCCCCCUGCACCUGGCCGCUCAGUACGGACACUACGAAGUGUCUGAGAUGUUGCUGCAGCAUCAGUCCAACCCCUGUCUGGUCAACAAGGCCAAGAAGACGCCUCUGGACCUGGCCUGUGAGUUCGGAAGAGUCAAGGUGGCCCAGCUGUUGCUCAGCAGUAACAUGGUGGUGGCGUUGUUGGAGGGAGAGAGGAAGGAGCCGACAGACUCGGCCUUCACCACCCCGCUGCACCUCGCCGCCCGCAACGGACACAAAGACAUCAUCCGGCUGCUGCUGAAGGCCGGCAUCGACAUCAACAAGACCACCAAGUCUGGAACAGCUCUGCACGAAGCGUCUCUGUACGGGAAAACAGAGGUGGUCCGACUGCUGCUGGAUGCCGGAGUGGACGUCAACAUCAGAAACACCUACAACCAGACGGCGCUCGACAUCGUCAACCAGUUCACCACCUCACACGCCAGCAAGGACAUCAAGCAGCUGCUCCGAGAUGCGACGGGGGUUUUGCAGGUCAGAGCUCUGAAGGACUACUGGAACCUCCACGAUCCCACCGCCCUCAACAUCCGAGCCGGAGACAUCAUCAUGGUGUUGGAGCAGCACGUGGACGGACGCUGGAAGGGCCACAUCCACGACAGCCCGAGGGGGACGGACCGGGUCGGCUUCUUCCCUCCGUCCAUCGUGGAGGUCAUCAGCAGGAGAAACGGGGGCACCCUGUCCCGGCACGCCUCUCUGCCCACCCAGCGCCAGCAGCUGCUGUCCAGAGCCCCCCUCUCCUCCAGCCUCAGCUCCGCCCCUCAGACCGACGACUCCUACACUCUGUACGCCCCCCCCACCCACGUGGUGCUGCCGCUAGCCAACGGCCUCACUACCAACACAGGUCUGUCUCCGAGCCGCCUGUCUCAGUCUGGGUGUCCCUUUGAGGACAUCUGGGUUCUCAGGGACUCAUGUCAUGCAGGAGACAGGAACAGCGUGGGGAGUACGGGCAGCGUGGGCAGCACCCGCAGCGCCGGCAGCGGCCAGAGCACCGAGAGCAACAGCGCACCCAACGGCCUCCAACACCACACCGGUCACCACGACAACGCCAGCAAGGUGGCGCCCCCUGCUGCUGAUUCUGGACACUCAGACCUCAGCAAACAGCCUGAUCAUCCUGCAGGUGGGACUCCUCGGAGGCAGACGGUGACGGUGCAGAGACCUGCAGAGCAGAGCUUCUCGCAGCAGUUUGUUCGUCCUCAGCAGCUGCUGGAGGGGAAGGAUGCAGAGGCCAUCUAUCAGUGGCUGAGUGACUUCCAGUUGGAGCAGUACACUGGGAACUUCAUCAGCGCUGGUUAUGAUGUACCGACCAUCAGCAGGAUGACUCCUGAGGAUCUGACCGCCAUUGGAGUAACCAAACCAGGACACCGUAAGAAGAUUUCCAUUGAGAUCAACAAUCUGAACAUCCCAGAGUGGCUGCCUGAAUACAUCCCAUCUGAUCUGGGUGAGUGGCUCAGCGCCAUCGGACUCCCACAGUACCACAAGAAACUGUCUGAAAAUGGUUACGACUCCAUAAACAUCGUCAAAGACCUGACGUGGGAGGACCUGCAGGAGAUCGGCAUCACCAAGCUGGGCCACCAGAAGAAGCUGAUGUUGGCGGUGAAGAAGCUGUGUGACAUCCAGAGGGCGAUCCUUCAGGCUGAAUCAGGCCAAGGAACGCUGCGACGCAAAGGCCCCGGGGCCCUCCACCUGGUCGCCAUCGAGCCGCCCGACUCCUCAGGCGAAUGCUCUUCCCCUCACACACCAAAGAUGCUGACGUUCCAGGACAGCGAGCUGAGUGCUGAGCUGCAGACGGCCAUGUCCAGUCACUACGGAGGCUGUGAGGAAGGUUUGGCCAUCAAGAACGCAGUGGGAAUGUCCCAGAGUCAAGAGAGCAUCGACACCCGGUCGAGAGGCUCCGGCCGCUCCCAGGAGCCCCCCACAGCCUCCAUCACCCCCCACAGCUGGUCCCAGGAGAGCCUGGAGGGCAGCCCCGCCAAGGAGAGGAACCUUCCUGAGGGCUGGGACCAGAGGCCUCUGCAGCAGCAGCCGCUCCCCAAGCAGGUGCCUCUGGGAACAGCCACUGUGUUCAAGUACCCGGCCAUCCCGACCAAACCCAAGCUGUCUGGAUCUCGGGGCCCCUCCCCUCAUGGCUCCCCGGCACUGAAGGGUUUCAGUUACCUGCACUCUCACUGUGGCUCUACAGACCUGAGCUCAUCUCCCCGGCCUGAGGACCACACCAUGACCCUGGCACCGCCCAAGAAGCGAACCCAGAGCAUGACCCGCUACGCUCUGUCGGACGGAGAGCCUGAUGAGGAUGACGACGAAGCCGCACAUUGUGGAAACCUGCCGUCCUACGCCACCUUAACCCGCAAGCCCGGCCGCAGCCAGCUGGCUCGACUGCAGUCCAGUCCAGAAAAGAACGGAAAUGUGGGACGUAGUCAGUCGUUUGCUGUGCGCGCACGGAAAAAAGGUCCCCCUCCUCCCCCUCCAAAGAGACUGAGCUCAGUGAGCAGCACCACCAGCGGGGAGCUGAGCGACAGCAGCACUACAUCGUCUACGGGCAUGGUGGUGACCGACAGCCCGGGGAGCGUGAGGAGCAUCACUGCCUCUCUGGAAGGAAACACAGAGGAAAGGAUCACCCCAGGACCUAGACCAGACCUCAUCGACCAGGAGCCGCCUUCCCCCUCCCUCGUCUCUGCAGGGCAGGAACCCAGAGAGGCUGCAGGGGUGAGGAGGAGGGUGCAGAGCGAGUGUAUUCCCACGCAGACCAGCACCGAGCCGGACCAAGGGGUGAAGUCUGACUCGGAGGAGGAGGAGUCAAAAAGUCAGGGAUUGGAGGGAUCCUCGUCCCCUCAGAACAGCUCCAGCGAGUGCAUCCCCUUCGCAGAGGAGGGAAACCUGACCAUCAAACAGAGGCCCAAGGCUCCAGGGCCCCCCAGGGCCGAGGCUGUGCUGGAGCCUCCAGAGAAACAAGCAGCCAAGAACCUGGAGGUGCCCGAGUUUAAUCUGAAGGAGUCGGACACAGUGAAGCGCCGACACAAGCCCAAAGACAAGGAGCAGGGAGGAGGCUCCCCCAGCAGAGAUGGAGCAGGGACGUCCGAGUCAGAGUCCGGCAGCAGCAGGCCUCCAUCCCAGAGCCAGGAGGAGGUCAGUCUGAGGAUCAGUGAGACUAGUCUGGAGAGGCCAGCCAGUCCAGCUACAGGAUCUCCCAUCAAACCUCCACUGUCCCCAAAACCUCCUGCUGUUGCCCCGAAACCAGUCCGCCACAGUCUACUGGCUGCACAGGCAGCUGGUCUCUCCUCUCCUCCAGCUGUGACUGUCAGUGUGGUUCAAAGCGUGGCCUUCACUGCUCCGUCCUCCCCAGCCCACGGGCACCCAGCUUCAGCUCCGGUCUCGGCCCUGACCUCGGUCUCGGCCCCUCAGAGUCCAUCUUUGACAGCAGCAAGGCCUCAGGUGUGUGUGGUUGGUCCAGGUCAUGUCCCUGAGUCGUCCUGUGGGACUGAGGUGGUCCAACAGAGACUGGAUCAGACCAGCACGUCUCUGGAAGCAGCUCUGAUCGCCGUCGAGAGGAAACUGAACCUGGAGGACAACUCAGACGGUGGAGCGAGCACAGUGAAGUCUGCAGGGACCAUCCUGGACGACAUCGGCAACAUGUUCGACGACCUGGCCGACCAGCUGGACGCAAUGUUGGACUGAAGACGUGUCAUCCCCUCAGAAUAAACAAAAACAUCCACCUUCAGCCUCAGGAAGUGAAACACAGAAAGAGAAACGGGGGAAAGGAAGGAUGAUGGAGGGUUUUUGUCACCGUUCCUCCCGACUCUGAACUCCACGGUUAAAACAGUCAGAGAAGGAGAAGUCAGACACUCGUUUCUCAGUGUGAACACCAGCACUUAAUCUUCACUGUGCUUCCUCGACAAGACUCACAAACUGGGUCAUUUACUCACAUUUCAAACUGAAAACUGCUGAAUCUGGUCUCUGUGUGGAUGGAUCCGAGUCGGUCCAGCACAAACCUUUUUAACCUUCACGUCGUCAUGUCUUAUCAAACAUGAACCAAACAAAGAGACAAAUGCUGGACCAGUGGUUUCUUAUCAGCCCACUAUGAGGAGAAACUUCUGAGCAGAUUAUUAUGAUUACUGUCACUAAUAACAAUGUAACAUGAAGUUUUAUCUUUUUGACUUUAUAGAGAGCUGAAGUCUUGACGUCACUUCCUGUUGAGUUUCAUUCUAAGAUUUAAAACAGACCUUUUAGUAAGAGUUUAAGUUUUAAAGCAGCUACAAUCAAUAUUUCUGUGUUAACAAUGAGUCACCUGUGGUGAUGAAUCCACAUAAAAAUUAUCACCAGACUUUCCCUUAGCACUCCGGAGCUUUUUAGCCUCUUUUAGCUCCUACUUUUGGCUUCCUGUCUGGUUCAGUCUCAGCUGUUCACUUCCUGCUCAGCAGCCAAUCACAGUCAGAGAUCAGCUGGUAAACACAGUGGAGCAUUUAGCAGCUAAAGAGACAGAUAUUUCCCUCAGUAGGUGGAGGAGACCAAACACAGAGCUAAAAGAGAGAGAAUACUGGACUAUUUAUUUAUUAUUUCAAAGCUGAAACAGACAGUUGCUGCAGGUUUAUUAGAGUUUUCCAUUUGGCCGUGAUGAUAUGCAAUGACAGCACUUCAAAUCUCUAUCAGCUGAUCCUGAGGUGGUGAUGCUGCAGUAAAAUCUUCUCGCUGCCUUUUAUAUUUGGGUUCAGCUGCAACAGUCUAUGUACAAUAUAAGUUUAUUAGUCUGCUUCAACUGAAAUGGAGUUAACACUAGGCCUCUGAACUCUGCAGGUUUAUGUUUAAGUCUGAAUUAUGAAUCAUUUCUGUUGUUGAUUCACUUUUCUCAUGGACGGUUCAGUUUCACUUCAGCUCUCUACUCACCAUGUCUGGCCAUUUCAAAUUUUACAUUUGUAAUAUUUAAAAAAGAAUCUAUUUUAUACCAAGUGAUCUUAACCAUGUGUAGUUAGUCUUCCUCUCGGCUCGGUGCCAGUAUGUUUGUGUUCUUAACAACUGACCUUUUCUACAGAUGUGUGUGUGUGUGUGUGUGUUUAUGAAUCUACAGAAACCUGUAAAAGUGCUUAUUAAUGCUGUUUAUACAAAGGGAAGAGAAGCAUGUUCAGCUCAUUUCACAUAUGGAGUCAGUGUUUGUGUGUACAGUGGAAGACGGCAUGUGACAUGUCAGUAUACAUAUACAUACUAUUUUUUGAUAUUCAUUUUAGCCAAAUUAGUAUUUAAAUUAGAGUUAUCUAAAUGUGUAUAUUGUACACUAGAGGUAUAUACAGGAGCAGAUAUUCAACCAAAGGUCUUUGUACAGAUUCUCCUCAGAUAUUUUCACAAACAUUUCCUUUAAAGAAAACAGAAUCCAUGUAAGAUGUUUAUGAGAUGUUAUUGUCCAGCCUGCAGCGUAUGGAUAGAGUGUCCAUAUUUAGCAUGCCAUAGCUCUGUUUGAUUUGUGAAAAAGUUUGUUAACCCUGG